AUGCUUAUCACCAGCGCCAAUUAUCAAUUGAUGCCGUAUAAAAAGAGUGCCUGUGAUACGACAUUUGUUUUAACCGAAAUCAUGAUAAAACAGUCGGUAGCCAUAUUGCUGCUUGUGACACUAGGUGUUCAGUCCGUGCCCGUUGAGCCCAGGCAUAGUUUAGUUUAUGAUGCUAAUGGGCAGUUGCAUUUGGUCAACACGGAUCACUUCAGCGAAGUCGAUGCCGACCUAGAACCGCUCUUCGAUGCCGAAACCGAUGUCGUGUUCCUUCUGUUUACACGUUCGAAUCCUCUUCAUGGACAAGUACUUCAAUGGAACGACGCUUCAUCUAUACAGAGUACAAAUUUCAAUCCGUCUCAUCAAACUCGGUUCACGAUUCACGGUUGGAACGGCGAUGGCACAUCGGGAUUGCACAGCAAUAUUCGCAGUAAUUACUUAACGCGGGGUGAAUUCAACGUUAUUAGUGUCGACUGGGGUGCAGGAGCUCAAACCAUCAACUAUAUUACGGCACGGAAUAGAGUGGAUGCCGUUGGAGAUGUCCUUUCGCGUAUGAUUAACACGUUAGUGUCCGCAACGGGAAUUUCCCGUGAUAGUAUCAGCCUGAUCGGUCAUAGUCUUGGAGCGCAUGCUGCCGGAAACGCUGGAAAAUACCAAAACACUCAGAUCCAUACGAUCAUUGGUUUGGACCCGGCUGGUCCUCUUUUUUCAUUAGGUCAACCUGACAUCAUGACACCAAAUGACGCACAGUACGUUGAGGCAGUGUUCUCCAAUGCAGGAACGCUGGGAUUCGAUUCACCCCUAGGAGAUGCUAAUUUCUAUCCCAACGGUGGACGGUCGCAGCCCGGCUGUGGAAUUGAUCUGACAGGAAGUUGCGCGCACUCCCGAGCUCACGAGCUGUUCGCUGAAUCUGUUUCGACUUCGGUUGGCUUCCGUGCGACCCGCUGUGCAUCCCAUGACGAGGUCAUCGGAGGAGGAUGUACAUCAAGCGGUGCCGAUGCGUUGAUGGGGGGAGAACCAUCGAACCAUGGUCUGGGAGUGAACGGAAUAUUUUGGUUUAGCACCAAUUCGGCUGAGCCAUUCGCUCAAGGUUGUCCGAUCAUAUGCCAUCCAACGCGAUGGAAUCUGACUUUCGACGAUUACGGCCACCUUCAUUUAAUAGCAACUGUUCUAGAUCCGUUGGAAUCUAACAGCGAGUCAGCUUUCGACCCCGAGACAGACGUAAUUUUCCGACUUUUUACAAAAUCUAAUCCACAAACAGCGCAAAUUAUCCGGUGGAACGAUCCACAAUCGCUACGUGAUUCUUAUUUCGAUCCCAAUAAUCCUACUCGGUUCACAAUCCACGGUUGGGUUAGUGGGGAGGAUGCCAACCUGCAUGGAUUAAUCCGAGAGAACCUGCUAGCGAUGGGUGAUUUCAACGUUGUCAACGUAGAUUGGGGCGCUGGUGCUCAGACUAUCAAUUACGUCCAGGCUAGAAAUCGUGUCGGUGCGGUCGGUGAAAUAGUCUCACGUUUUAUCGAUAUGAUUGUGGAAACAACAGGAAUAUCUCGUGAUAGCAUUGCUGUUACUGGCAGCAGUCUCGGGGCGCACUGUGCGGGGAAUGCAGGAAAAUUUCAAAAUGGUCAAAUCAAUACAAUUAUUGGAAUGGAUCCUGCUGGCCCGCUGUUCUCCAUUGGUCAGCCGGACAUUUUAAGUGACACAGAUGGGCAGUAUGUGGAAGCUAUCUAUACUAAUUCUGGUCUGCUAGGGUUUGAUCUUCCGCUAGGGCAUGCCAAUUUUUACCCUAACGGCGGUCGCACUCAGCCUGGCUGCGGAGUGGAUCUUACAGGAAACUGCGCUCAUACCAGGGCCCAUCAGUACUUUGCUGAAUCAAUUGGAUCGCCGUCAGGAUUUGUUAGCAUACGCUGUGCGUCCCAUCAUGAAAUUCUAGAAGGGUUGUGUACUGAAACUGGACCAACGGCACUUAUGGGAGGUGAACCAUCCAACUACGGUCGCGGAGUUAGCGGCUAUUAUCAUCUACUGACUAACGCUCAGACACCGUUUGCAAGAGGAUAAGAGGAUCGAAAAAACAAAUAAACAUAGUUGUAUCACUUGUAUCAUGAUAUUAAUUCGUUCGAAUUCAAAUACAGCGCCCAUAAUUUAUUUUAGUCCAUAUAAAAAUAUUCAAUCCUGUAAAAAAUAAAAUUUUUAAUUGCCGACAGCCAAUUUAUGUUUUGGAAAGAACAUGGUGUAUGGUAUUUUUUUGUUCAAGAUAAUGUGGCAUAAUUAGGAUAAUUGUCAAAUCUUC